AUGAUCAAGAGCGUCCGCCAAAACAGUCAGCAGCAAGACCGUAUUAAAGUCCCUUCCGCUGCCCUCCCGAAGUCGCCUUCACCCCCCUGUGAGGCCACCUCCAACGGCUCUUCUCUCUCCAAUAGGCCGGCGAAAGUGGCCCCUUCAUCUACCCAUAUUGCCACACACUUGGCUCAUAUAACUUCGGCUUGUGAAGGUCAUGACAGCAUUGCCACUAAAACUUCCAUAUCCACCUUACAAGACACGCCUAGUUCCACCGGCUCGACUACGCCACCUUAUUCCCCCGAGACCCCGUGUCGCAUUAAGCGUGCAACCUCCUGGCCAACGCCACCCACAGUGGUAACAGUCACCGAGAGCGUAUCCUCUGCGUGUGCAAAGUCUCUCGGUCCGAUCCACUUUGUUCUGGCUGAUGUGCAUGAUGAGAGGAUUUCGACGGCGACGGCUGGUGAAACAAGCAACAAGACCGAAGCCAGUGUAGUCGAGGCAUACACAGUGCCUUGGACCUCUGAAGGAUCCGAUACGGAAUUCUCAUAUCAAGAAGCUCAUAUCAAGAAGCUCCUGAAACAGCAGCAAGUCUUACUUUUCUCUCACGGAAAGCGACACUUCGCGAACAUCCUCGCUGCUAAGAGCAUUCGUCAUGAGCGAGAACUUGCACAAAAAGACGCUGAAGCAGAUAGCUUGCGCCUAGAACAAGGUGAUACUAUCAAAGACCACCGCGAGCGUCGUAGACAGGCGGACGCAGAAUUCGCUAAAGCUUUGGCGAAGAAAGAGAAAUUGAUCCGCGAUCUCGAAGAACACAACAAGAAGUGCUACGACAUGGGAUACGCCGCGAACAGUCUAGAGCUUGACUACGCUAGGGACACGCUAGUGAAGCGAGAUGAACAGCUAGAGAAGAAACGGGCUUCGACGCGGGAAUGGAAAUCAAAACACAAUGAUGUUCUCCGCGAGAAGGAGGAUCUCAAGCUUCAAAUCGAGGCAUUCAAGAAGCCUGAGAACAGCCAUAUCAUCGAAGCCUACCAGCAGAGCUUGGAGGUAUUGUUGGAAAGCGGAAAGAGGGUCGACGAGGCCCUUCGACAGGAGAAAGAGAAGUCGGAAAAACUCAACAACGUCAUCAUUGCCACUCAAGGCAAUAUCAAGAACUACGUUUCUCAGUUUAAUAUCAACCAAGCCCGCAUUGAGGAUCUCUGCGCCCGAAGUAACAGGGAUGCAGAGACAAUUCGCAAGCUCUCAGAAGAUAACGAAGCUCUCCGAGCGAAGAAUUCCGGAUACGAAAGCUGGGAACAGGAUGUCAAACCUCUACGACUUGCUACAAAAUCCAAUGUCGCGUAUCACAUUCGCGAAACUGAGAAGCUUUCUCGGUGGAUCAAGGAGGCCAUGGAGGAUCAUGCGGAGUCCGGGGACGAUGACUUCGAUCCGGAUUUCUUCAAAGAGGCAUCACUAAUCAUAUUGAGAUUAAGAGAGUCUAUUGAGAGGGAGCAUGAGUUGAUCGAGCAGAAUAGCAGACUAGCAGACGACGUUCGCAAACUCCAAGUCGAGCUGGCGGAAGAGAAGUCCCAAACAAAGAAGUAUGAAGCUACGCUAGAUGCCUUGGAAAUGCAAGAAACCAAUGCCCGAAAAGAACUGGCAUGGCGCAAACCCAUCUUCGAAGAGCAUAGGGACCGCUUCACCUAUUACAAGAACCAAGUCAUUGAACUCCGCGGAGAGAAAGCAGCGAGCUGGGCUGAGAACCCAGAUAUGAACGUGGCAAUCGAAGCGCAGGCAGAGGUCGCUCGCCUCGAAGAGGGCAUCAACGAAAUGAUUGAUAAACACGAGCCGCUUCAUCACGAAGUGAAGACAUUGACCAAAGAAAAGUGCGUUGAGACAUCAAAGUAUCGAAGCGAGAUAAGCAUCGCCAGGACUGAGAACGUCCAGCUGAAGCAAACGGUUGAUCGCCUAAUUCGCCGAGUCCAGGUUCAUGAGCCCGACUUCUCCUGGGACAAUCUCCUUGAAUCGGAAGACGCUGGCAGACGGGAGCCGAGUCCACUCCGCGAUCCCACCUACCGGCCCCUCGACGAAGCAGCUGAGCGGACGGUUGUCCGUCAUCUGGGACCUGUGGAGUCGGGAGCACCGCCAGAAGUGAUCAAGAAGUAUAUCCCGGAGGAAAACUGGGUGGGCGAUAGCAGGAAUAACGAAAUGUUCUGUCUCGACCGGGCGCAUCUGGAAUGGCCGGAAUAUUUAUACUGACUCAGGUUGAAAAU